AUGCAGGCUCCGACCCAGGACAACAUGUUCUCCUCUUCAGCUGCCAGCCAUUUCCAGCCGCCGCAGUAUCGAGACGAUCAGCAGUAUUUUCAGGCUCAGGCACAACCGCAAGGUAUGCCUCGCAACGAUUUCUCCACCAACCAGUCAAUACCUCCUCAUAUGAUCAACCAGCAUGCGCAGUUUCAAGGUCAGAUGCCUUCACAUCUGCAGUCGCACAUGACCGCUCCUCCGCCGCCCCCGCAGCAGCAGCAACAGCAGCAGCAGCAGCAACAGCAGCAGCAGCAACAGCAGCAGUUCGCUUUCCAGCAUCAGAAUCCAUUCGCUUCUCCCAACCGCACAACGCAGCCAGACCAAUCCAUCUUCUCGCCCACCUCACAACCAUCCACCAUUCCUGCGCAGCGUGCACCUCUAAGGCAGUCGCUACCUGCAUCUGCGACCAGCAUAGCAGCCUCCUCAUCUCAGCACUUUCCAGCCAGCUCGAGCCAGUUGCAAGCUGCUUUGCUCCCCCCAACAAAGCAGCAAGCGCUAGAAGCCAAACGCACUGACCUCACUACAUUCGAGGAUCCCAUCGCCGAAGCCUACAUUGCCGGACAAACCCUCGACGAGUCUUUCUACUCAAUUGCUCCCCCAGGUACCGUCUGGCCAGCAGAUGGAACGAUCCCGCUCGAUGUCAACUUGAUGCUUCCGCCUCUGUCGACAGAUCCGAACCAUCCUUCACAAGCGUUUGCAACCGCACAGGCAGCCUACGUCCAGCCCUUCUCAGCUAACGACAAUGACAUCAACGGUGGAUCCGACAUGUUCCAUUCCGCUGCUGCGAUGUUGGAUCAUGCUGCAUUCUCGCCUAUCACUGAGAUCACGCCUGACGCAGAGGGCGAUCCUGCAGCGCCCAAGGGUCCUGGCGAGAAAGACAAGCACGCCCCACAGGAUGGUGCCAAUGGAGGCUCAACAUCAGCUUCCGCCUCCAUAGACGCUAUUCCUCCGCGUCGAAGAACACGUCGAAGGCAAAACAUCAGUUGCGAUCAGUGUCGAGCCUCCAAGCGAGGUUGCGAUUUCCAGCUGCGGCUUGAUGCAGAUGGCAACGAUGUUUCUCAAGGCGGUAGACAGGAUGAUGACCACACCCUCAACGACAACACUGGUGACAAGCGCAAGAUGUCCGAUGUUGGCCAAGAAGCUUCUGGAGGCAACAAGCUCGUCUGCUCCAACUGUCAGCGAAGGGGCAUUCAAUGUACCACUAACUUUGCCGAUUCCGUCCGAGAAAGCAAGCAGGCCAACUUCAAGGACGAGCCGAUGCCACAAGGCACCAAGAAGCGUGCCAUUUCCGACGACUCUUCCGAGAACGGUGUGCGAGCUAAAUCCGUCUCCACCGACGGUAGCUCGCCAAGCGCCCACAGCAGCGAAGCAAGAGAUCAGCUCAUCAGGACUUUCCAAAGUCGAAACGAGUCGCAAAUCUUGGCUACUACUGGUCCUAAUGUUCGGUUUGCGAUGCGCGCUGACUCGCUACUCCUCACAACCAACAGAAUGCGGUUGUACGUGCACACGGUUGAGCCCAACGCGAAUUUGUGGCUUUCCCGAGCUUGUUCGCCUCUCCGCACAGAUGGCGAUCUAGGAGCAUACAUCAAAAGCGCCAUUGGUAUAGAAGCUCUAAACCUCUCCCAACGACUUUGGGCCUCCUGGCACGUCGACGCACCUUCCUCUCGCAAAGAACAUCAACCCAACCUCUUCUACCUCGUCUACGGUCUCGAUCAUCUCGGCGGCGAAAUGGGUGUUUGGGGCGAAAAACCACAACAGAUCCCAUCCAAUUUCGCAACGGAACCCAACCUCUCUGGGCCAGCACAAGAAGCUCAAGCAAGCAUCAAUGAUAUCAAACAUAUCUUUUCCGAUGUUCAAGGUAUGGGACCAGGUGGUUGGAGGAGGUCCAAGAGGGAUUUGAUGAUAGAUGAAGCCGUGAAAGCUGCUAUGCUGGCCUAUGCUUGCCAGUUUAGAUUGGAUGAUGAAAUGACGUCUUCCAGUGUUGAUGCAGCCUCGAAGCAGGCUGCGGACGGGAAGAAUCAUAGAGAUGCGCAUGAUAGGAUUGCAACGGCCGCAUGGAAGAGGGCUAGAUCGCUGAUUUUACAGUUGGCUCCGAGGAGGUCGUGUAGGAUAGCAUAUGGGUUGUUUUUGUUCGGCGUAACAGCGCCUCCUCCGGGGGCUUUGGCGGAGGGUGGGGCGAGGAGUGGAGCGGAUGCUGCUGAAGAUGCGGCGUUCGCACUAGAAACUGCCUCAAGGCAUUUGGAGUGGUUUGUGAAGAGGUGUAGAGAUUUGCUUCGAUCCGUGGAUAAAGCGUCGAAAAACCCCUUACUGAGUGGCAAUCCAGAGGUGGUCAAGCAGAGAAGGGUUGCUUCCGAUUUGAUGGGCUUGGCUGAAUCGUUGGGUUGGUUUGGGCUGCUGAUUGAUACAGUUACCCAUGUUAGUCAGAAUCGUAGAUCGAGUAUGCGGGAGGAUAACUUGGUUUAUCAGUCCACUGGGAUUGGUUCGGGCACCGACCCAGGCGUGGCUCAUGGACCGGUGCCUUCGCCGGGUAGCGCCAAUAGUCCACCCGAUAGAACAGCGGAGGCUUUGUUUGCGAUGCAAGAUGCGAUCAACCUUCUCCCGGCACGACAAGCCCCACCUGGUGCUUUCCCAGGUACAUCGGAAUCGUAUAUGCACGAAGAGUCGGAAGUGGAUGGAUCCUUUCAAGUGGAAACGGAAAUGUCAAGGAGGAUCAUGGAACGUGCUGCUUGCGCCCGAGACCUCAUCCCUGCUCUACUUCGAAAUCCUGGUGCCCUAGCCAACGCGAUUCCGUUUGACGUGCUGAUUGGGGCUAACGAUCCAGAUGCACCAGGUCCAGCAGGAGGCAGUAUUAUCAAUAUCAACAAUCCCGGUGGAGGGCUAAACGAACAGGUUGUAUUGUUGGGUGUUGCUUGGGGUACAGCGGUAGAGGUGUAUAUCUGGAGAAGGGUGGGGGUAUUGCAAGCUGCAACAGAAGCUUUUCUUUCCAUCAAUGAUCCUGUUCAAGCUCUCGUUGCAGGUGGAGGGAGUAUUGUUAGUGAAAAGGUGGACAAGAUGGUUAUGAACGUGUUGGAGGCCAUUAGGUUGUUCCAUAACAUCUUUGAUCAUUUGAUUGCGAGGGCAUUGGAUGAAUUUGUGCAUCUUUCGAGGCAAGGUAGGACAAUGCUUUCGUUCUUUGUCAUACACAUUCAUUUGGGUGUAUUGCAUUUUACGCAAUUGGCGAAGAAGAUAGAGCAGAAGGAAUUGGAGUUGAUUCAAGCGUUUAACGCUUCCAUUACUGCCAAUGCUGGGGGAGGAUCACCAGAGAAGGCGGUUGCAGUUUCGCCCAUGUCGGUUACUUCCCCCACACCACCCACACAGCAGCAAAGGGGAGGCAAGACUUCCCCCGCCACCACCUCCCCCUCUUCCACCACCUCGCCUUCCUCCACCGCCGCACUCUCCGGGAUACCGAAAACCCACUUACGCUCAACCAUGCUCCAUUCCUCCGUCGAACGUCGAAUAGUAGGCCGACAAGCAGCAUUCGGAAUGGCAAGAAUGGCAUCGCUAAUCAACGCCGAAUCCGCAUCACUAAAAGCAGCAGCUAAGAUGGGUCGUCAACCAAACCCACGCGCACCUAACGACGGGAAGAAACGAAAAGGUUUCUUCUAUGCUCCUAACGCAGAAGGAAACGAUUUUACCCCCAUAGAAGAUUCCGCCGAUGCGCCCUGGAGACAUCCUUAUCCUGCAAUGGUGGCCGAUAGCUUGAAGCUCAGUAGCCAACAGUUGAAUGAUGAAAUUUGGGACCUACUCAUAGCCGUUCCGAGGAACGAAGCCGAGCUGGAAGAGUUGAUGAACGCUUUCGAGGUGCUACUGGAGGGGUUCGGGAGGAUGUUGCAUGCUGUGCCGGGGUUAGGAGGGUAUAAGGGGACGCUGGAUGAUUUGAGAAAUGCUAGGGAUACGGCUAGAUUCGUUGCUAGCCAGGCGAGUGUGUAG